AGCGCGAGACCGAGCCGGUGUGUGUGUGUGUGUGUGUGUGUCAGAGAGGGAGAGAGUGUAACGUGUGUAAUAAUCCAGUAUCCGCCUUGUGUGUGUGUGUGUGUCAGUUGAGGAGUGAAGCGCAGGAGACACAGCGCGCGCGCGCCGAGGAGAAACCGGAGGACUUUCUGCUUUGUGAAACUUUCUGCUGUGUUCUGUGGGGUUGUGGACCCGUCCUGAGCGCGGAGGCGGUGUACCGAGGAACCGAGGCGGUGUUGGAGAGCCGGUCACGUGACUGAGUUGCGCGGGGAGCGCGCGGCGCCUUUGUCCUCCGCUUUUACCUGCCGGUGACUGAAAGCUGAUCCGCCAGCUCGCGCAUCAUCAUGGGUCACACCGGAACUGGCGCGCGCACCACGGCUGUCUGUCUGUUAUAAUAAUAAUAAUAAUAAUAAUAAUAAUAAUAAUGAAACUGGGUCUAGACGCGCGCGCACCCGUGUCCGAGUAACUUUAAAAAAAAAUUUUUUUUAAUUAAUUUAUACUUAUUUUUUUAUUACUAGUGUUACUCUAUUUAUCGGACAUGGCUCUGUCCCAAAUCCAGUGUCUAGACGACAACCACGUGAACUGGCGCGUGAGCGAGGCCAAACCGGAGUUCCUGUACAGCGAGGACCAGCGGCUCGCGCUCGAGUCGCUCAUCUCCGGCGGCCGCGAGGCCUUCGACGCGUACGUGAAGGAGCGCGAGCUGCGGCCCUUCCUGUCCGAGCCCGAGAUCGAGCGCCUGAGCCGCACGGUGGUGGACUACCGGCCCGGGAGCACCGAGCACACCGACCCGGUGCCGGCGGACGGCCAGGAGCGCGCGCUCUCGCUGCAGUACUGGCCCGACCGCUCCGACGUGUCCGUCCCGGAGUUGGACCUGGGCUGGCCCGACUGCAACUCGUACCGCGGCGUCACGCGGGUCAACGUGCACACGCAGCCGCCGGUGGACGGACAGACGCACAUCAAAGAGGUGGUGAGGAAGACCAUCGCGCAGGCGCAGAAGCUCAUCGCUUUGGUAAUGGACAGCUUCACAGACGUGGACAUUUUCAAGGACCUCCUAGACGCUGGUUUUAAAAGAAAAGUGGCGGUGUACAUCGUCAUCGAGCAAGCGUCCGUUCAGGACUUCCUGCACAUGUGUGACAGAGCGGGCAUGCACGGCGGACACCUAAAGUACCUGCGGGUCCGCUGCUGCGGAGGCUCCGAGUUCCACACGCGCUCCGCCAAAAAAUUGCAAGGCUCACUGAGUCAGAAGUUCAUGUUCGUGGACGGAGAUCGCGCCGUGUCCGGAUCGUACAGUUUCACAUGGACGGCGUCUCGCUUAGACCGCAACCUCAUCAUGGUCCUUACUGGGCAGGCCGUGGAGACCUUUGACAAGCAGUUCCGUGAGCUUUACUUCACCUCCCGUAGCGUCAACCUCUCCAAAAUCAGUCUGGCUGUCCUCCCUGAGCCCGAGCCACUCCCUGUCCCUGCGCCCGCCUCUCUCCCAUCAGCAGCUGUUGCCCGGAAACUCAUCAAUCCCAAAUACGCCUUGGUGGAGACAGCGAGCCGAGCCUCCUCAGAUAAAGCCCCGAGUCCCAAGGAUAGCACGCAGACUCCCAUGCCUCAGCCGGUUAAACGCCAUCGUGAGGCCAUGGAGUUGCCACCCAAACACCCGGGGCUCAUAGGGUUACCAAAGGCGGAGCUCAUCCCCUACCUGCCCAUAUGGCCGGAACCGGACCCACCCAGUGACGUCAUCGGCUUUAUCAACAUUCGGGACACAAGCAAGCCGCUGCAGCCGCACAUGUCGACACGCUCACAACUCUUUGAAACAUCACAGGCCAUCCGUUUCAAGGACCCUUUCAUCGCUCCACUAGAACACCCGCUGCCAGAAAAGGCAUGUCUCCGUCUGAAAGCUUCCCUUCCCCCCAAAACAAACCUACCAGACAUACGCGUAGAACCGGCGGAUAAACCUGACGGAAAAGUUCCAUCAGAGACCAAGGUGCCAACUGCACCCGUGGACACCGUAAACCUGGGCAACUCUGUUUCACCUCCUAAACCAGCACAGCCUCUUCAGGACAAAGCUCAGCCGCAGGAACGUCCUCCAGGGCCUCCUGUGCCGAAACCACGCACCCUAAAACUGGUCGUGAGUGCAGGUGAUAGACCUGAAAACAUGCAAGUCAGUCUGGUCAAGAGAACUGAAAUGAAACCUCCUGAGACUUCCAGCUCGGAGGAGUACGCGGAAGCACCCGAGCAGCCUAAUGCCAUGUCCGCCACUCAGGACUCUGACAGGGACAGUAACAGGACUCCUGAACCGGCCCAUUCACCUCAAGACGAGGGCUCGACGGCAUCGGACGAGUACUACGAGUGUAACGACCCGGAUCACAGCAGGCUCACUAACGGAGGACCGCUCGCCCCGGGACGGCACGGAGAGGACGGCUCUGUGAACAUAAUGGCACGAUUCUCACAAUCCAUGCUGGACCUGAGGCCGGACAAACGCGCCGAUCUGGACCCCACAGACAGGAACCUGCUGAAUGUACAAAGCAGAUACACAGGAAAGGUGUAUCAGCCGUUCGAAAUCUCCUCCAUGCGAGAAACUUACAGCAGAGCCAAAGUGGUGAUCGCCAAACCAGGAGUGUACCACCGCCCUCCGAAAAGUAACACGCGUGUAAUCGGAGGGCACCGAUACUGGCAGGGCAAACUUGGCAUGACCCAGACUGGGCACGAUCCUGGCCGUCUCAGUCGCUCCCCCUGCAGGAAGAUGCCGCCCGCAGGACUUAAAACCAGCCAGUCUCCAACUCAGCGUGUCUCUCAUACACACUCGCCUUCACCCAGAAGAAACGAGACGCCGAUGCCUUUAGGAAUUAAUAUUUCGAAACUCUCCAGCCUCAGAAACCUUCGGGGUAGGGUACCACCAGUUACGGGUGACAAAAAGGUUGUGCACAGACACAAGGAAUGUUAACCAGGAAAGACUUGGGACUUGGAACUUAACAAACCCAAAUUUUUUACUUCAGACUUAUGAUUUUUAUCCGAAUGCAAAUUAGUCGCGAAGCCCGGAGGUACUUUUGGACCGGUCAUGUGGUGCAGGGUAGCGGAUUUCCCCGGUAUCUCCUCCAAUCUAUUUUUGCGGUAUCUCUGGAUCUUGCUGUGGAAAUGGUGGAUUAAAGGAAACUGGAGGAACUCCUAAAUAGUAGCCUUUCUUAUCAUGUGGUGCAAGCAUGAACGAUUUGGCUAGUAGCUUUUUUUUUUUUUUUUUUACAAAUGUUCUCAAAAAUGUGUCCAAGAGACGUGUGGACUCAGUCUGGAUGUGGAUUUACAGCCUAGCUGUGGGACAUUACAGAGACUAAUUUAACACCGUACUGGACAAUUUGUGUCUAACACACCGUGUUAUUGGGACUUGCUGUGAACUGAAAUUGGUGAUGGAUUUGGGCUUGUGGUGGGUGAACAAGCUAAGGCAUACUGUAUGUUACAAACCAGGUUUUGCUUGCAAAUGAAACAAACAAAAAAAAAACAGUGUUGGAAUCGUGCUCUGUCGUUUGCGCACAAACGAUCUCCACGUAACCAGACUCGACCAGAUUUACUCUUUCAGAGGGGAUCAUCAUUUUACAAUAAAAAAUGUGUUAAUGAAACAGGUGAAACGGUACAUCUCAAAGCAUAGAGACCUUUACCAGCCGAGGUAAUGUAUUUAAAGUCGCACAGUGAUGUAGAAGAAUAAAACAACGCCUUUUUUUGUA